CGGGGUUGGAACAAAUACCACAAGAGGAAAGGCCAGAGUUGCCCAGCCCUGGUCUAGACUACGCUGCUCUACAGGAAGUCAGGAAGUCCUGUAGUCACUUCACAAUGUGGUAACACACAGGAAACCUUGCACUCAACUUUAUGCACGCUUGGGCACAAGUCUUGCUUUCAUAAAAAUGAUUUCUUCUGGGAAAAUAGUCUUCUUUCUGGGCAUUUCCUACGUUUAUGCAUCUUCCCUCUCUGCAGCUCAGCUGGCAGCCCAGCAGGUGAAGGGGAUUGUGGGGGAACCGUUCACUUUUCCAGUGGUAAUACCAAACCUGCUGCCAGAUACAGAAAUCAACUGGAGAUACGGUACUGAGGACACAGACUGGCCCAUUGCGAGAAUUCAGAACAGAAAGAUUGUCGCUGUUGUAGACGAGAGAUUCAAAGCAAGGCUGCAGCUGGACAAUGUUACCAACUCUCUCAGGAUUAACAACGUACAGACAGCAGACAGCGGGUUUUACCAAGUGGAGAUUUACAAAGAAAUUUAUUUAAAAAAAAUAUUUAUCUUGUCUCUUUACAACGUGGCUCCCGUCCCUCGAGUUAAAAAGGGAAGUGAAAGAGGGGAGAGUGACUGCGUCCUGCUGUGCUCUGUGGAAAACUGGAACAACACAUCUCUGUCCUGGCAAACAAACGGGACUACACUGACCCAACCAACCUCACGACACUCAACCCAACUGGACCUUUCCCACCACCAAAUACGGGGGGUAAAUGCCACCUACAGGUACACCUGUGUGGCCAGCAACCCUGUCAGCAAUCAGACCAUCACUGUCACACCUUCGGAUUACUGUCCUCUCAAAGAAAGAGGAGGCCACACUGAGCUCAUCCUGAGGGUGCUGGUGUUCAUAGUGCUGACUGGAGUCGUGAUCGCAGUCUGUGUGUGGGUCUGGAAGAAGGGGAACGCUCAGGAUGAAGACAGGAUUGAUGAAACUAGUCCCGCCAGCAGACAGACCCCAAUCUCUCAACUGAGUACGAGCAAGACCAGCCCUAAGCAAAUGUAAAGAGCCACUCUGUACUUAGUUAUCUUAACUGGGGUGCUAUUCGUGGUGUUGAGAUUCAGCCUGUAUGUCGUUUUCUGUUGAGUCACAUUCUGGUUAAAUGUCUUUACUUCCUGUUUUAGAUAACGGUGAUGUUAUUUAUAACAUGGCCUCCAAAAGCCUACUGAUGAAACCGCAGUAUAUUAGGGAAUUACACUGAACUAAGCAGUUUGCUUGUGGAAUCGGAUUGGUAUUAUUAACCUUACACACACUUUGUGGGGUACAAACUGUUCUUCUUUCGAAGUGAAAGAUGAUGAUCUGUUGUACAAUUAAAAGGUAAAAAAAAACCCAAAAAACUGCUGAAUGACUUUACUGAAACUACUGAAACACACUGCUGUGCAUUUUUUAUAGGAAUUGAAUGUUUUCUGUAACUUUUUUCAUUAGAGAAUUACACCAAGCAGUUGACUUGUGGAAUCAGGGUUCAGUAUUCUUAACAUAUGUCUUUGAAGCGUCUUUGAAGGGCAGCAGUGUGGAGUAGUGGUUAGGGCUCUGGACUCUUGACCUGAGGGUCGUGGGUUCAAUCCCCAGUGGGGGUCACUGCUGUUGUACCCUUGAGCAAGGUACUUUACCUAGAUUGCUCCAGUAAAAAUCCAACUGUAUAAAUGGGUAAUUGAAUGUAAACAUAAUGUGAUAUCUUGUAACAAUUGCAAGUCGCUCCGGAUAAGGGCGUCCGCUAAAAAAAUAAAUAAUAAAAUAAUAAUGUGAGGCCAGAAGGGGUGUAACGAUUCCUUGUGUAUCUGUUGUUUGUAUUGUGACUCAAAACCCCAAAGCACAUCACAGAGCUGUCUGUUUCACCAAGUGGCUCUGAUAGCUGCUACAAAUGCAUCCUCUCCCUGUUGCAUUAAAUGUUUGACUUUUAACUAAACUGGCUCACUAUUGGGCCUAAAUGGCCAUUUGAUCUCAGCAUGCAUUAUCCAAGUAUCCCAUCAGGACCAUCUCAAGCACUGCGAUGCGUAUCCUAACACUAGCGUAUCAUUACACUCCUAGGCCAGUGAAUGUAACUCUUGCCAUCUCUGACCAGUUUAUAAGCUGUAUU